GCAUGCAACGUAGAAGAAGAAAACGACAAGAGAAGAAGUAAACCCGCGAUAAGCGAGCUAGAAACAUGUAACGUUAUUUCAAAUUAAUAACAGAAGGUUUUCCUGAAUUUUUUUGUUUUCAGAAAUGAAUAAAAAUCACAUCCGAUACAUAAUGCGUGCGUAUACAUAGACAUGUGCGACGAUAUAACACCACAACAACAAUCCCCCAAAGUUUAAAUGUUUUACUCACACUAGCUAGCACCUAUUUCUGAGGAAAGUCCAAGAAGAUGGAUGAAAUUCGGAUGGAGGAAGAUUCUGCAGAUAUUUCGGGAUCUGCACAAAAACAAGGUGUUGCUGAUGCCUGGGAGACUGUCACUGCAGCUUUGAUGUCUCCUGGUUGCCCGGUGCCGGAGCAGGGCCUCUGGGACUCAUUGGCCCUGCUGAGCGGGGAGGGUCUGGGGCGGCUGCUGGGUGGCUGGCUGCUGGAGACUCUGCAGAUGCGUCUGUCUUCAGCCGUGGUUCCUGAGUUCUGGGCUGAACUCAAACAGCCGGAGAACGAGCUGGAGGAGAGAGGCCGGGCCUGGGUUCUGCUUACCGCCUUCAAGACUCUGUUAGGACGACUGGAACCUUUCCUGGGCGGUUUGGAGAGGCUGGAGUCGUGGCAAGAUGAGGGCCGUGGCAGUCUCUGUGGGCCGGGGCCAGGGGGCCUGCAGGAGCGAGCCUUCACCAUCAUCAGGGCCCUCCUCCUCUUCUCCCCCUCCUCCGUUCUCCAGGAGCGAGUGCUGGAGUUCUACAGCAGGACCUUCUCCGUCUAUAUGCACCAGGAGGGGCAGGCGGAGGACGGGGUCGAGGCUCCAGAGGGGCCAGAGGGAGGGGUCUGUCCGGGCUGCGGGGUCCCCUCUCAGCAGUGCUGGUGUAAGGAGGCCCUGGAGCAGCUGAAAGAACUCAGUCACAUACUAUCCAAGCUGCAGCUGCUGGAGUGGGUCAGCUGUGAGGCCGUCACCUCCAUCCUCCACAAGCUCAUCGAGCAGCGCAUGGAGCAGCACUGCAGGGGGGAGUACGAGCGCUCCUUCCUCCUCGAGUUCCAGACGUGGCUGGAGCUGGUGCUGGGCUGGCUCAGCAAAGUGUUUGCAAGCGAGGCUGAAAAGGACGGUCUGGUACCUGCUCCUGGUGCUCCUGGUAUUCCCAGUGCCCCUAGCGUUCCCAGUACUCCCAGUCUCCAGGCAGGCCAGCCGGGCAGCUCCGUCCUGAAGCAGUGGAGAUGCCACAUGCACCAGUUCUUCUGCCUCUACGUCAACAUGAGGAUCGAGGAGCUUUUCAGCAUAAUCAGAGAUUUCCCAGAAUCCAAAGCAGCCAUUGAAGAUUUGAAGUUUUGUCUGGAAAGAACCAACCAGAGACAGCAGCUCCUCACUUCUUUAAAGUCUGCGUUCGAGAGCCGUCUGCUGCAUCCAGGGGUUCACACAUCAGAUAUCCUCACGGUUUACAUCUCGGCAAUCAAAGCCCUCAGAGAGCUGGACCCCUCCAUGGUCAUCCUGCAGGUCGCCUGCCAGCCCAUCCGCAAGUACCUCAGGACCCGGGAGGACACGGUGCGGCAGAUCGUGGCCGGUCUGACCGGAGACGCUGAGGGCUGCACAGAUUUAGCCUCGGAGCUCUCCAGAGGGGACUUGGUCACUCUGGAGAUGCAGGACAGUGAUGAAGAAGGCGCUGACCCGGAGGACUGGACUCCAGACCCCACUGACGCCGUGCCUGAUAAGAUGGGCUCGAAGCGCCGCUCCUCAGACAUCAUCAGCCUGCUGGUCAGCAUCUACGGCAGUAAGGACAUCUUUAUAGAUGAAUACAGAGCCGUGCUGGCAGACAGACUGCUGCAACAGCUCAACUACAACACUGCCAGAGAAAUCCGUAACGUGGAGCUGCUGAAGCUCAGGUUUGGAGAUUCUCACAUGCACUACUGCGAGGUCAUGCUGAAGGACAUGGCAGACUCCAGGAGGAUCAACAGUAAUAUCCGUGAGGAGGAGUCCCGUCUGAGCGAGGAGGAGCAGCCUCCGCUCGCCCUGUCCUCCAUCAUCCUGUCCUCAGAGUUCUGGCCUACGCUGAAGGAGGAGAAGCUGGAGCUUCCGCCCGUCGUCUGCCAGGCCAUGGAGGCCUACACCCACCGCUACGAGAAGCUUAAGGCCAUGAGGACACUGAGCUGGAAGCCUCACCUGGGCUCUGUGACUCUGGACCUGGAGCUGGAGGACCGCACCCUCACCAACCUCAGCGUGACCCCCAUCCACGCUGCCAUCAUCCUGCACUUCCAGGACAAAAGCUCCUGGACGCUGGAGGAGCUGAGUGUGAAGCUGGGGGCCCCGAAGGAGCUGCUACACAGGAAGCUGGCUCUGUGGCAGCAGCACGGCGUGCUGAGGGAGGAGGCUGGGGGGCGCUACUACGUGGUGGAGACGGGCUCGUCCAAAGAGAAGAUGGACAGGGGGGUGAUGCUGAUCGACAGCGAUGAGGAGAGAGACUCCAACACCACUACCCAGUCGGAGCAGAGGGAGGAGAAGCUGCAGUUGUUCUGGGCCUACAUCCAGGCCAUGCUGACUAACCUGGACAGCAUGACGCUGGACCGCAUCCACUCCAUGCUCCGGAUGUUCGUCGCCACAGGACCUGUCGUCACGGAGAUGGACGUCAGCGAGCUUGAGAUCUUCCUGCAGAGGAAGGUGAGGGAGCAUCAGCUGAUCAUGUCUGCAGGCGUCUACAGGCUCCCCAAAGCAAACUGAUGGGGGGGGGGGCGAGAUAAAAAGAGUGUGACAGCAGCACUGAAACUGCUGAUAGCAGGAAAGAUGACUUGGUUGUGCAGACAGACUGCCUUUAUCUGAUUCAGCCUGACAGCAAUGCAACGAGCUGAAAGAAUUCCUUCAUUUCAGGGUUAUUAUUUUCAUCAGCGUGUCAAACUGGAUCUUCACGUGAUGUGUGAACGCAGCAUUUUCUUACUGGUUCCUUUCUCUGAAAAGUUGGAUUUCAAAAUAAAAGCACUUCCACCCUCCUUUCAGUCAGUGCAGUGUUUUGCAGCUA